CGAACCUCGAGGACCCGAAUCGACAACCAAACAUUCACCCGAUAUGCGAUUUUCACCGCUGUCAACAGUUACAUUCAUCAAAGCUGUACUAUAACCCGAAUCUCGGGGAACCUUCUUGACAUCCCGAGCCGCUGAACGAUACUGGGAAAACCGAAGCACGAAUCUACCUACCGACCCCAUUUGUGUCCAACGGUCAUCCCCUUGACUCGAAUACUCGAACACAAAUGUCUGCCACCUGGAUAUCAUGAUCUGGCCUAUCAUUCUCGAAGACACGAAUAUAGACGCUUCAUCGACCUCCUCAUCACUACCCUUUAUUGAGGGUCUCAUAGGACGUCAACAUGUCGUCAUACCGUGCUGGUCAAGUGGUUGGGCUCAAUGACGGCAGACAGGCUACAGUCCGUUUCGUCGGCGAGACAUCAUUCGCCCAAGGGGACUGGAUUGGGGUAGAAUUCGAAGAUGCGUUGGGCAAGAACGAUGGUUCGGUACAAGGAGAGCGAUACUUUGACUGCCAGCCCGGCCAUGGCAUGUUUAUGCGACCGUCUGGCAUCUCGGCCAUCCUGGAGGAGCCUCGAUCAAAACCUCAAGCCGCGAAAUCAGCCACGAAGGAGAAUGGGAAGCCGAGUGGAAGCGUGGUAAAGGGCAGGCCGUCAAGUAUAACUACAUCCACCACACGGCCACGACAGAGCAUGGCACCGCCCGCGACGACAAAAAGGCAAUCGAUGGCUCCGUCUACGACUACCGCUCGACGAACCCCCGUCCCACCAAACCCUUCCACAAGACUGUCGGCACGAUCAUCGAUUGGGCCAGGCCUUAGGUCUACAUCCUCUAGGCCGUCUCUGUCAGGGACUACUUCUGCCAGAUCGGGGGUUUCCUCACCAACCAAGCCAUCUGGUGUCGUGUCGCCCACCAAGCCUACUCCCCUUCCAUCGGCAGCUUCUCGAAGAGUCAGUCCUCCGACUUCCGGUGCCAAAUCGAUUUCAUCGACUCUCCAACCUUCACAGCCGCCACAACCUACCGCGAGCAGCCGACCUUCCGCCUCCAAACCAAGCCCCGCAUCCAAUAAAGAGAUCGAUGACCUCAACUCUAAAAUCCGCAUCCUGGAAAAGAAGCGACUGGAAGACCGAGAGAAGCUCAAAACCUUCGACCGCACCCAGGAAGAACGCGACCGAUUCCAUACCAUCAUCGAGAAACUUCAAGCGAAAUGUCAAACCCAACAGCAUGAAUCGACCGAGUUACGGAAGCAACUUCGCGACACGAAGGGGGCGGUGGAACAGAUUGAGGCGAUGCAGGCAGAGCAUGAUUCACUUAUGGAGAUGGCAGCGUUGGAUCGAGAGAUGGCCGAGGAGCAGGCGGAGGCAUAUAAAACGGAAAUGGGGGGAUUGAAGGACCGCGCUGAGGAGUUGCAACUGGAGAAUGAGAUAUUGAAAGAAGAGAACGAGGAGUUGAGCAAGGAUAUGAGUCCGGAGGAACGGACGAGUAAAGGAUGGUUGCAGAUGGAGAGGGAGAAUGGUCGGUUACGAGAGGCGCUGCUGCGCCUGCGGGAUAUAAGCCAAGAGCAAGAGGGACAGUUUCGUGAGGAGAUCCAAAGCCUGGAGGAGGACGUUCAGGAACUGGCGGCUUUGAAGGCAGAGUUCGAUGAUAUGAAAGCGAAGCUGCUCGAAUCCGAAGCGGACGUGGAUGACCUGCGACAGCAGCUGGACGCCGCUCUCGGAGCGGAAGACAUGAUCGAGCAGCUCACCGAGCGCAACUUUGCCCUUACGGAGCAACUCGAAGAGCUCAAGAAUAUGGUCGACGAUCUUCAGAGCUUGACAGAACUCAACGACGAGCUGGAGCUCAACCAUGUUGAAAACGAGAAGCAGCUACAGGAAGUUAUCGACUUCAAAGAUUCGCUGCUCUAUGAGCAGACCAAGCGUGCCAACCAGCAAGACGAGACGCUGACGGAUCAGGAGUAUACCAUCACUCGAUUCCGAGAGUUGGUCAUCAACCUCCAAGCGGACCUCGAGCAAAUGCGGGCAUCGAAGGAGAUCACCGAGACCGAAGCGCAAGAACUCAGCAGCAAAUCAAGAGACAUGAUGGACCUGAACCGUCAACUCCAGAUGUCGGCAUCGAACGCCCGCAUCAAGACCAUCGACCUGGAACUCCGCCGCAUGGAAGCUCAGGAAGCCUCGGAACACCUCACGAUUGUCCAGUUGUUCUUACCCGAUGCAUUCCACGCCGAACGAGACUCUGUACUAGCAUACAUGCGCGUCAAACGCAUUGGAUUCAAAGGAAAACUACUCCAUAACUUCCUCCGAGAUAAGGUGGCGGCACAGGACCGCACGUAUCUGCCGGAGCAGGUCUAUCAUGCGUGCGACGCGAUGGAUAAACUCACCUGGGUGCAGGCGAUGUGCGACCGAUUUGUGAGCUGCAUGCAGACGUGCGACUUGGAGCAGUUCGCGAAGUUCGCCGGCUCGUUGUAUGAGCUGGAGCCGGUGGAGCGGACUUUGAAUGCGUAUAUUGAUCAGUUGAGGAAGGACGAGGUGAAGGAGAGUGAUGUGGUUGAAGGGUUGCACAGGUCGAUUGCAUUAAUGUCACAUCUAGCCGAACACCACCUCCGAGAGGGGCUAGAAUCGUUUGGUGAUGAGAUCCUAAUGAAGGCUCUCAUGAUGCAAAGCAAUCUUGAAAGUGCUGCCGCGUCUCUCCUUGCUACCAAAACGGACGUCGGCUCUCACUUUGCGGAAGCAGUCGAGACCGGCCAUGAGGGUCUGGAAACAUUCGAUCAAGCUACCGAGACCCUCAUUGCACAGUCUCGAAGUGCCAAGGUGGUCGUGUCGAAGGUGGUUCGUGCUCUACAAGACCUGAAAGCGCGCAGCCUUUCACUCAAGCCUGAUUCAACCGAGCUGCUUUUCUCCAAAAGCGAAUCCGCGACAUCUGCCAUCUCAAAAUACGCACAGCAACUGGGUCAUUCUGCCUCCUCUCUCCUCCACGUAGAGGGCCGUACCGAGCCUCUACACUUCUCCGACGUCGCCUCCCUCAUGCGCAAGACAGCCGCGUCCUUCUACGCCUUAAGUACCGAAUCCGCAUCCGAUAACCCCCUGCAACCCAUCAUCUCCAACCUCCGGACCCUGGUCGACAGUCUCUCUACCCUCUCUCCCCUGGCCACCGACCUCUCCCAAGCCGACGAAUUCGAACGCCCUUCACCACCCUGGGUCCUCCGUUCCAACGAACUCGCCGCCACUAAACUCACCUCCGCCGCUACCGAAGCCGAGCUCCGCCGCCUCAAGGACGAGCUCCACGAACGCACUGCGCACCUCCGCUUCAAAGAAAAAGAACUCGAAGACGCGACCCACAAGGCUGAGACCCUCGACAGCCGCAUGAAGGAAGCCGGCAAGAAAGCCACGCGCAUCACCGAGCUCGAGAAGCUCCUCGACCAGGGCAAACAGCGCGAGCAGCUCGCCGUGCGCGCCCUCGAGCAAAAAGAAGCUGAGAUCCGCACCGCCGUCGAAGCGCGCGAGCACUGGCGCCACCUCGCCGAGACCUCCGCCCCGAAGCCCGGGGCCGCCGGCACCGCCAUCGAGCUCACCCCUGGUGCCAUCCAGGAGCUCGAGCGCCUCCGCGCCGAGGUUGACGUGCUGCAGGCGACGAACCGGUUCCUGCGCGCGGAAGCGCGGCGUGCCAAGACGGAGGCGCAGGUCGCGGAGACCAGCUGGCUGGCGGCGCCGAUCGUGGCGGCGCGCACGCCGGAGCAGACGGCGACGGAGUCGGCGCAUCGGAAGGGAUUGCAGUUGCUGGAGACGAUCGCGGGGAUUCCGGCGGAGGCAGCGCUGGUGCGGUUGAGGCCGGCGGUGGAGGGAAAGCGGAUGAAGUGGAGGCCGAAGAGGGAGAUUCCGAGGUUUCAGGUGCUGGAACAGGAGAUGCGGCGGUUGGAGGUGUGGGAGAUGUGGGAGAGGGAGGUGGCAGUGGGGACGAAGGCGAUGAAGUUUGGGGGCGGGUUCGAGGUCCCGAGUGCCAGAGUGAGCGUCGUUUAGGCUCGAUGCAUGUCUGGAUGGGCGUCGAUUUUUGAGAGAAUUUUGGGAAUACCUUAGCUUGUCAAGUCUUCAAUGUCUUGACUUUUUAUACCCAACAAGGCGUGUCCUAAGUUAAAGCUCGAAAUUGUCUAUGUUUGCACUUCUUACUACCCAAUCCAGCGAUAUCGGUCCAGCGAUUGACACGGCACCGUGCGAUCCACGUUUAUAAUCACGUCAGACAGGAUAUAACAUCGAGUUCACCAAU